AUGAUGGGCAAACUCCCGACCCGGCGGCGGUUUCUGAAUGCUCUUAAUAGCGUGGGGCUUCUUAAUAGAGACUUUUCGGAUUCAGAUGCUAAUGUUAAUCGUUUUCUUGGGUUGGAUGAUGGACUUCGCAGAGAUAACAACGGAGAGAAUAAUCUUGAUUCGAGUGCUAAAGAUGAUGACGGCGGCGGGUCCAUUAAAAUCGGUAAGCAGCAGAUCCAGGAGCCUCCGCAGACGCAGCAGGGAGGAGGAGGAGGUCAAGAUGUGCAUAGUAUGCCUGAUUCUCCGAUGCUUGAUACAUCGUCUUCGUUUGGGUCGACUUCGUCUUCUCCUUUGCCGGCGAAUCUUCCGCCGAUUCGUGUACACGUGGAGGAAGCGGGUGGGGUUAAGGGGGUGCAGGAUCAGAGGAUGGGGAUAGAAAAGCAGUUCGAGAGAUUCAACUUUGGGAGUAAGCAGCAGGUGAAUCAGCAGGAGGAUGGAUUCGCGGCGAUCUCUCUUCCCGCUGCUCCGGCGACUGUACCAAAUGAGUUCCAGACGAAAGUUUUCUCUGAUGAUGAGAGAUCUGAUCACGGUGUCCCGGCUGGAUACAGGAAGCCUCCGACUCCACGUUCUCAGCCGCAUAAUCUACCGCCUCAGCAGGUUCAUAAUGUGACCUACGUAAUUUUCAGAUGUAAAUCUGGGUGA